GGGCCUAGGCUAGGCAUCAAAAAGGCUCUGCCGAUUGAGCAGGUCAGAGUAGCUGCCUGCCUCCGUGCCCAGCAGUCAGUCGGACAGCUCGCGCCGGGCCCCCUCUGCCUGCCCCAGACGGGCAGCAAACAACACUCCGCUCCGAGAGGCCUUCUUCUCCAGCGUGAUUGCGCCCACACUGCUCUGCGCUUUUCUCUACUUGGCGUGGGUCGGUGCUGCAGUUCCAGAGGAGGGCAGAGGGAUGGCGGGGAGCGGAGCCAGGAGCCAGGAGGGCCGUCGGGAGCAUGCCUUUGUUCCGGAGCCCUUUGAUGGAGCCAACAUAGCCCCACACCUCUGGCUGCACCGCUUCGAGGUCAUCAACGACCUCAACCACUGGGACCGCGCCACCAAACUCAGGUUCCUGAAAGAGUCUCUCAGGGGAGAUGCCCUGGAGGUCUAUAGUGGACUCAGCCCCAAGGACCAGGAAGACUAUGGUGCUGUGAGAGAGACCCUCCUGAAAGCCUUCGGUGGGCCUGGGGCCUCCCGCAGCCACCUGCCCAAGGAGAUCGUCUUUGCCAACAGCAUGGGUAAGGGCUACUACCUCAAGGGGAAAAUUGGCAAGGUGCCUGUGAGGUUCCUGGUGGAUUCCGGGGCUCAGGUGUCUGUGGUCCACCCCAGCUUGUGGGAGGAGGUCACGGAUGGUGACUUGGACACCCUGCGGCCCUUUGAGAAUGUGGUAAAAGUGGCCAAUGGGGCUGAAAUGAAGAUCCUGGGCAUCUGGGAUACAGUGGUGUCCCUGGGGAAGCUGAAGCUGAAGGCAGAGUUCUUAGUGGCCGAUGCCAGUGCUGAAGAAGCCAUCAUUGGUACUGACGUGCUCCAGGACCACAACGCCGUCCUGGACUUCGAGCAUCGCACAUGCACCCUGAAGGGGAAGAAGUUCCGCCUCCUGCCUGUUGGAGGGUCCCUGGAAGAUGAGUUCGACCUGGAGCUCAUAGAGGAGGAGCCCUCCUCGGGGGAGGGGGGACAGGAGCUCUCCUACUGAGAAGUCCCCUUUCCUUUACCCCCCAAACAUCGGUGGGAGGACCCACCACAGUGGAAGGGAAGGGCAUAUAGCCUCAGGGGUCACUGGGUUUUGCCAGCCUUCUGGAACCAACUCUUGCCUCCUCCUCUCCCUC